GUAGGGGACGGCCGCCAUUUCUUUUGUGUGCUUUCGCGGGCUUUUCAACAGCUUCCUAUUCUAGAACUGCGAACCUGGCUUCGCGCUCGGUAGAGGUUCUUCACGACUGGAGAUCCCGUGUCCGACUUGCGGCCGUGGACGAGCUCCUUGUCUGAGGAUUACGCGACCAAGAUGAGCUAUGCUAUUGUGGAAUUCACUGCCUCUAAAGAGGUUGAAAUUGUGCCAACUACUUGGGUCACUGGGAGCAUGUGCGUCUGGCCGCAUAAUGUAAAAGUGGACAAGGCUGGGAAAAUGGCACGGAAGCAGCAUCCACCACAGUCAUGGUGGAAGCAGUAUGAAAUUGCUGUGAAAGGUUUGUUUGGUAAGCGCAUUUCAGUCAACUUAAGUCUUAAGCCAGGGGUGAUUACAUUGAUCACAUUUUGCACUUUUUCAGUUACCUAUGAACAUGCCCGGAAAAAGCUAAAUGACAGUCAGUUCCAUUCAGACCUGGCCAGUGAAACUGAAAUGCCCCCAUUGAAGAGGCGUAGACGGCCACCAGCAGCCUGGAGCAACUUUGACAGUGAAGAAGAGGAGGGAGAAACUGCCACAAGCCAGCCAAGACUGCCAGCCAUUCCAAAUAAUUUUCCAUCUGGAAUAACCUCGAAUGAAGCAACAAGACUGCCCACAUUUGGCCAGGGAGACAAAGGCACACCAGGGACCCAGUUGUCAGAGACAAACUCGCCACAAGGCAUGUUUGAUAACCACUCUGUUGAUGCAGGUGAACAGAUAGAGCAAGAACGGCCACAAAACACACCUCAUCAUUGUUGUGUAGAGAAGAACUUCCAGCGGCAUGUACUACGACUGCUGAACACGCUUCGCUUCAUGCUAGAACAGCAAGCAGACACCCUGAACAAGUUGUGUGAUAUGCUACCUACUUCUUCAGUCACCGAAUGCGCAGAUCUCUUAAGCCAUCCACUAAGCAGUCUUGAAGAACUACAAGAGUUUGACGACAAGCUCGAUGCUGGAAAAUUUAAGAUCCUGGUUCAUGAGUUGACACAGCUUGGCGGGAAAGAUGCCUACUGGGCAACAAAAAGAAUCUUGUCAUAUUGCAUCACAGACGAGGUUGCGGCACAAUUUUCCUGGAUGGGUCGAAAAGGAAAACUGAGCUUCUCCGCCUUAAAGAUUGCUAAAGCCAUAGCAGAUGCUGCUCGCAAAGCGCCAAAUGCAACUGCUGCUGACGUUGAGGCAUCUAUCAAAUCGUGGCUCCGGCAUGCUCCCGAGCGCCUUGCCACCAAGUUUCAGAAGUCAAAGCCAAGACUACUUGAGCAGGCAGCAGAUACUGACUGAAACUGUCACCACGGCAGAGGGUCCAAGGCUUCCAGCAUCUGAUUCUCUGGUCAUUCUGUGGAUACUGAUGGCAGCAGAUAGCCAAUGGCAAAGACAAGGACCAUGCACUGUUGGCAAGCAGCUCAACCACAACUUCAUGGUGGUAUUUCUCAACCGAUGUGCCACCUCCACGCUUCAGUAUAAUACCUUUCCUUUAAAAAAUGUGAAGGGUGCUGUCACAAUUCGUGUUUUGCAGGUAGCAUCCACUUUAGGCAUUUGAGGUUAUGGGCAACAGUGUUUUUUUAUUUGAUGAAUAAUUUUUUUAAAGAUACAGCUGAACUAAAGGACAUUGCAAAUUUGACUUUUGACUUGUGUCCACUGUAUAAUGUAUGUAUGUUAUCCACUGUUAUUGUGAUCCUCAAAAUCAUGUGCAGUUUCUGUUGCAUUGUUACCAAGUGCUUUGGAGACUGUUGCCGUCAUACGAGAUAGGUGAAAAUGUCUAGUCAGCUGUAAAAGCUGUACAGGUCUAGUUUCUACGUAUUGCCCACUCCUCUGGAACACACGGUAACUCUCCUUCCAUUGCUACUUUCUAUACCUGCCUUCAGGCAGCAACACAAGCUUAUGCUAGUGCCACUUUGGAAGCAGCUUGCAUUCCUGGAAACGAAGGCAACUUUACAUUGUUUACUUAAAAGCCAAUUAACUAACUGCCAUGUAUUAAAUUGAAUGAUCCAGACCAUAAAAUGCUCUUUUUGCCUAAUUUGAGCAAGGAUGGGGAACCAAUAAGUGCAAAUUUUUAAAUAGGAAUUUAAGCUAAAUAUCGCUCUUGCAUGUAUGUUUACCAUUUGUAACAGUUUCUAGCACUUUGAGGCAGUAUCUGUGUUAUAAGUUUUGCUACCAAACUCUUGAAUGCAGAGUUCUGUAUUUCUAAGCAAGUAAUUUCAUACUCGAAAAGGUCAUUUUUUUUUGAAGCUACUGACAGAACUUUGUUCUGCAGUUGUGCACAUAGUGAAGUACGUGGUUAUAUGUUUGCACUGUUAACUGGAUUCAAUGUUCAGAUAUUGUGAAAAUAGUUCUAAAAGUUAAAUUCUUCUGCUGCAGCUGUAUUGUAAUAUGCUAAUAUAGCCCUCAACUGCUCUGCAGAGCUUAGGAUACUACAGUCACUCCCUAAGUGUAAUUAGUGUCUGUAUUGUGAUGACUAAAGCACUUUACUCAUAGUAAGCUCAACAGCUCUUACAUGACUCGUUCUCUGUUGCAAAUGAUGCGAUACAUUUUUAUUCUUAGCAAUAGUAAUGCUAAAUUUCUUUAUUCAACUUCUCUUGCUAUAUAAUGCAGUAUUUCCCAUCGUGAGUGGCAGUGGCUGCAUUUUUUUUUGAGGUAGUGUGUAGUUCUUUUUAUUGGUUAUGCUGAAACAAGGUGGCCUGUGUGCAAUUAUGUGUAUGUUUAAUCCAAUCUAGUCAGAAUCUGUAAGCUAAUGGUGUGCUUGGCCCACAUGUCCCAGCUAUGCUUGGUUUUUCUUAAUUUAUUGUCAUAAAACUGAACUUUUAGAUGUUUUAUGCCCUCACUUUUUAGUAGGGUUGACAGAGUAGAGCCUCUGGUCUUUGUUUUGGAAUUUAAUGUCUUUAAAUGUUUUUAGAUGUAUGUCUCAUGCGCUCAUAUUUUAGUUACCUUAGUGGUUUAUUUUGAUAUGUAGAAGCCAUGUCCAUUUGUACGGAUAUUGUGC